GUUUUCCAACUAAUUUUCCGCCUUGAAAUUCCUUAAGUUUGGAGCUUUUUCCUCGGCUGUUUGCAGCAGGAAGGAGUGGCUUUUCUUUGGGAUAGCAGCGGUCUGAACGGUGAAAUCUCAAACUUGGCUAAGUGUCGAGAGCGAAACCGUUGAGAAUUUAAAACGGAACAGUUAUAAUUUUCAAAUCUUCGCGGAUACACAAAGUUUGGGAAAGAAGAGGGACUGAAACUUGUAUGGGAAAGAAGGAAACAAGGAGAGCGACAAGGAGGAGCUGCUGAGGGAGAGCUAUGUGGCAAAUGUGGCCUGUGUGUCUGUGACGAGGCACGGCUCGACUCGACUCGGCUCGGCCGCUUCUGCUCCGGGGAAACUGGAUGAGUGACCAGCACUAGAAAUGGAGGGAGAAAAGGAGAGAGAAAGGGAACAGGGCGAGGAAAAAGAGAGUAACGAGGCCGAGGAGGAGGAGGAGGAGGAGGAGGAGGAGGAGAAGAGGAGUGAUGAGGACGAGGAGGAGGAGGAGGAUGGAGAGGAAGAUUCUGAGGGUGCGGCGCUAGUGUGGCAGGAAGGCUGCAAUGAGGAUGACCUGGGCCUUCCCAUCAUGCACUGGGAGGCGCUGAGCCUGCGCAUCGCUGAGCUGGAGAAACAGGAAGAGGAGAGGAGAGAGAAGAAGUCAAAGAGCGGAGUUUCUCUGGAGCGAGGCAGAGCUCCGGUCAGCUGGAUGGAGGAACGAGGGAGGAGAGUAGAGAGCUGGGAGGAUGGAGACGACGACUGCAACAGCCAUGUGAUGACACUCACCUCCCGGCUUCAGACGCAGAUGAAUCUUCAGCUGUGCUUCAUCAAUAACAGUGAAAGUGAAGAAGAGGAGGAGAAGGAUGAGGAAAGCCACAAGAAGAGAGGGAUGGUUCAGGUUCCCAAACAUCCUCAGGCUCCCGCCAAGGUGGAGAAGACAAAAGCGUCCCGAGGCUUCAGGAACGCUCUGAGGAGCCUCCGAGACAAACUGAGAACUGACCACAAGCCAGCGGUUCCAGUGUGUUGUGAUCCUCAGAAGAAGAGGAGACAUUUGGAGCUCAGUGAUUUACAAGCCUUCAGUAUCAAAGAGUUAAAUGCUCUUUGUACCUCCCUUAGCCAAGCCAUACAAGACCUGAGUUCAGAGCUCGUGGGCCGCCUCCAGGCACGGGACCAGCUGAGGAUAGAGCAGGACGCCAUGCUGCUGGAGGUCCAGGACCUAACAUCACUCUGACGCCGGAGAUCACUCCGAGCCAGAGCUCGCCUGCACCACGCAACAUUGUGAUUGGUUGUCACUAGGGUUACAACUAAUGUUUGAUCAAAAUCUGAAAAAGGGAAAAAUUUUAUGAAAAAUUAGAUCUGUUCAAAUAAUUUUUAGAUUUUGAUUUGGCUCCGCCCACCUGAAUGGACAGUCGCCAACCCUUUAAUGGAUUUUUCGACCAAGUGGUACAUCCCAUUUUCACUUUCAGCUGCUUAUUAAAAAAUACAUGCAACCAAACUGACAUCUGUACCACUCGGCUGAAAUGCGUUAUAUCCAAAACAAACAAACAAACAAACAAACAAAAUCCACCAGAGGGCGCUGUGGUGCAACCUCUUUAAAUUAGCUUGCUGGUGCCUAGCAAACAACUUCAGACGUAGUGCACUGUUUGGAAAAUCACUGAUGGUAAGAGCAUAUUUUUGGAGGACACAGUGUCAGAGAUGUUACUGAACAGCAAAGUAUAACAACAUUUAAGACUAAAAAAUCCUGAUCCGCGUAAUUGUGUAAUUAGUAUCUUCUGAUACACAGUCCUGCUCCUGUCUUCUUACCUCUACUGUAGCCGCAAUCGUAGCUCAUUCUUUUAAUGGUCUUUAUUGAACAACAUAAUAGAUAUAAUAUUGAUGUAUGUUAUUUAAAAACUCAACAAAAUAAUGCAGCAAUAAUAUAACAUUAUAACAUUAACAAUAACACUAACCCUAACCCUUUUAGACAGUUUGUCGGUGACAUUAUAAAAUUUUAGUUAAUUUCAUUACUGUACAUUUUUAUCAUUAUAUGGCAAUAAUUAUUGUUUUAUUGCUCAGCCCAGUUUAUUGUCUACCUUUAGUAUAAACUCACAUUUCAGCCGUUUGGUAGAGAUUUCUAAUUUGAAAAUUGUUUGGUCAGUCAAAACAAACAAACAAACAAACAAAAAACAAUCAUUGUAGUUGGUAAAACCCAGGGGUGUUAAAAAGAGACUGUUGGUUUUUCUGUCUUGGUGAGACCAUUAAAGGGUUAACAUAGUGGCUGAGGAAGAUGUCUGGAGAAACCAGAGCUAAGAAGGACAGUGUCGCCUGCACAGGCCCAUGGACCUGCUGCUCUGUUGCUCUGUUGUCACUAAACAACAUGUUUGUCUGUCUGAUGUCAUACAUUUUGAAAAGCGGAGUUGCUCUGCUGUAUGCAGCAGUCCCGUUUAGUCGACAGAUUACACUCCAUGGAGCUGUCACACAUUGUUCACAAGUGUCAUUUUUAUUUUUUUAAACAAAUCUUAUUACACUGAAAUGUUGAAAAAAGUGUACUCUUGAUUGUAAAUUAUUCAAAUAUUCCAUGUAAUAUUUGAUAGAUUUAUUCCAAAAUGCGAGUAAGUUUUUGCAGCCCUAGUUGUGACAAUCAGCAUGAGGUCACAGUGUCACUGGGGAGAACAGUGACAUCACUCCUGAGCACCCGAGUGGAAAAUCAGAUGUUGCUGGUUUGACCAACAAAUGACUGUGAAGAGACUGUCCCUCCUCGACAAGACUUUUGUACUUCCACUUGCACAGUAUUUUGUGUUGAUGUCUUUUUUAAAAAAUUUUCUCGUUUGUCUCAAUAUGAGGGAAAUCGUCCGUCUCAUUAAUACAUGAUGUAGUGAUUAGCACCUUUCCUUAGGGGAUAAACUGGCAUGAAAAAUGGUCUCCUGUUCACAAGCUGCUAAUUCUGCCAAGUGUACAAUCUGUUGUCAUCGCCUACUCAAGUGUAACAAUGAUCUUUUCAAAAAUUAUUAAUUGUUUUCUUCAUGCAUGCCUUCAUAGAAGCUUUUUGGGUGAAGCUUGAAAAGAACUGAACUCUGCUGUUCUGCAGGCAAAAGGGAGCUGUUUCUUCUUCACCAAAGUGCUUUUUACACAUAUAAGGGAUGAUUUUCUUUGUUGAUUUGAUUUUGUUUGUGUUUUUUAAUAUCUUUGUUAUUGAUUUAAUCACCAGAGCUUGCCACACUGUCUUGGCAAAGAGUUUGGGAUAUUUUUUCAUUCACCAAAAACCUCGGCCAAACACAGAAAUGUAACUGUAAGAUACACAUCUUUAUUCCAUCAUCCACCUAAACAGUACCCACAUUCUGGACCAACUGGGAGUUCCUUAUUUUUAAUACGGAGGAUUCAGUAUUUUGUGUGUAUCCAGUGUUUGGGGGCUUGAAAACAUGAUGGUACUUUUUCUCAUGUGGGGACCACACAACACAGAUCAGGCAGUUUAAAAAAAACAAAACAAAAAACCACUAGUCCAAUUACAAAUCAUGUUCAGAAAAAAAAAAAAGUGUGACUAUUUCUUACCAUGUCAA